AUGUCGGACGAAAUGGCGGUGGGUGAUAACGCGUCUAGUGAAGCUGCAGUGGGAAGUGAUGGGGUUGAAGAGGCUACAGGCGGUGAAAAAACGUCUCAAGCAGCUUCUGAGCCUAUAACGCAUGACGCUGAUGAAGACAAAGUGACCGCAGAAGUUACUCCCAGUACAUCAAGUUUAAAAGCUGAUGACAAUAUCUCGGAAGAUGCAGAUGAUCAGAAGGGAACAAAGCGAAGGGCAUCCGCUGCUUUCAGCGAUGAACAGGACACUGAAUUUAAAGGCUUUGAGCAAACAGAUUGUGAUUUGAUCGAAUUCAAUAAGAUUGUCGAUGAGGAAUGGAAAUUUAUGCGGCGAUAUUCGACAGAUGAAGAUUUUAAAGGUUUUGAAAAUGUUGAGAAUAACAAUAUUUCAGGAUAUUCUAGAAUUUUAGAACAUUUGGAAUCUGAGGUGUCAGAGGCUAUGAAGCACCUGACUCCAUUGAGGAGAGUUUUGACAGCAGCUAGAGCAAUUAAGAGACCACACCAAGACACAGACAGUUCCAGACCAUCAUCAGCUCUGUCAUCAAGAUCUGAUGGAGAUGCAGCAACAGAUGCGUCCUCCUCACCGGCCAACCGCGGCCGACGGCCAACCACGGAGAUGUCGUCGCCGCUACUACGGGUACCCCUCGACCGUGGCUGGAAGCGCGAGCUCGUGUUCCGCGCCGCGCUGGACGGGCACUCGCGACGCAACGCCGACAUCUACUACUACACGCCGCAGGGCAAGAAGCUACGCUCUACCAGAGAGGUGGCUGAAAAUUUAAGUGGUACUGGACUCUCAUUGGAAAACUUCUCGUUCUUCAAGGAACCACUAGGAAUAGACGAUCCGGAGAAGGAAAUUAUUCGAGAUGCUAAAGUUAUGCGCCGCGUGGAGUCGCCAGUUCCAGUGGCACCGGCUGCCGCUUUAGAUGCCAAGCGAACGCCAAAACCGAAGCAACCCAAAGGUGCCAGUCCUGAACCCAACACACCCAAAUCGCCUCUGGCCAAAUUAAAGGUCAAAUCAAUCGGUUCGAGAUUGAACAGCAACGGCUCGCCGGCCACUCCGGUGGCAACGAAGCAACCGCGACGACAAUCCGCGCAGGCGCAGUCCCAGCCACAGACGCAGACGACACCGGCCGGAGACAACAACAACACUGCCGCUUGGAAGAAACCUAGGAUUGUGCCGCCGCCGCUGCACGCGCGUCCGCAGCAUUCCAACACGCAUUCGCAGGUGGGACGGGGCGUUCAGCAGCCUUGCUCGAUGAGUUGUGGGCGUGGCGCGGUACCGUCUUUAGCGUGUGCCGCCUGCCUUUGUCUGUACCAUCCAGCUUGCUUGGGACUGUCGCACGUUCCCCCUCAUCCGUUCUUCUGCAAGAACUGUGACACUUCAUCACCACGGGAUCCUCCGCCGCUAGUCCAUAAGUCCGGUGUGCCGGCCACAUCUGGAAUACAAAUGCCCACACCUCUACCCGUAACGCCCGUGGGAGUGGGACAGAGUACAGUUCCAGUGCCCCGACUUGUCCCAGUACCCUCUAAAACUCAGAAAAACGAUAAACGUGUUCUGCUACGGAUGAAGAUGUCGGGUGGAGCUGACGGUCAAAAAGUUUGGGCUGUAUCCCCCAGUGGGUCUGGUGGACCUAGCCAAACUGCUCAGGUCCCGUCGACCACUGCCGCCCAACAGACCGCUAUCGCCCCACAGGCUCCUAUUACUCCAACGACCCAAAUAACCUCAUCAAACGCUCCUCCAAGGCAUACCGAUAAGUUGAGUCGGGGUCGAGUGGCGAACGGUGCCGCGUCGCCUCCAACUUCGCUGCUUUCGCCUCGCCGCCGCGGCAGAACCAAAGUGGACGAUACGGAGUACUUCAGCGGCUUCUACCAACGCGCACAGGAAAAGAACUACAAUGUGGCUGUUCAGAUAUUCCAAUACGUGGGUAUGCGUGAUCUAGCUAGGUGCGCACGCGUCUGCAAACAGUGGCAGACAAUAACAGAUACGCCCGCGCUGUGGAGACAUGUUAGAAUGAAAAAUUCACACGUCAGUGAUUGGGGAGGGCUAUGUGCAGUCCUGAAAAAACAUUCGACGAAAUGGCUGGAUCUACGGAAGAUGCUAUUGCCUACUAGCGACACGAUAUUCUGGGAUCAAUUUAUCGAGAAUAUUGGCUCGGUGGAUUCACUUGAGAGGUUGGAGCUGUGUCGGUGCCCGGCGCGUGUUGUGGAAGGAGUAUGCGAUCGGGUCGGCACAUUGCGAGCUCUAUGUGCGCCUGCGAUUUGUGAUACAAAGCUGGAUCCCUCACCCCUCGCGCAUUUGCCGCGUCUAGAGUUACUCAGACUCAAGAGUUUAAAAGGCCUCUCGUUAACGCGAGACCUACAACCGUUGAACACGUUACGCAAUCUACAACACCUGUCGCUAACAUCAAUAAAGGAGCUGGGCUGGUGCGCCUGCGAGGUGGUCGGCCAGCUGGAACAGCUCGAAUCGUUGGAGCUCGGUGAAUGUUCUUUCGGCGGUGCGUUCGCUUCGGCGCUCGCUCGCCUCGUCCGGUUGCGGCGGUUACGGCUCGAACGAGGUGUCCCGCACUGUGCGGCGUCCGCCUUACUUAAAGCGCUCGCGUCUCUGCCAAGACUGACUAGACUGGAACUCGUCAAUUUCGAUGUUAAGGUUGGGUUUGACGAUGCGCUAGCGGAGUGUAAAAACAUCCAGAGACUACUCAUUAUACCGACAUAUGUGUCACAAUCGGCAACCACGAAUAAACAGGUGCUAAGCGGAGUACUACGACUAAAGGACACAUUGACACACCUAAUGUGGGGCGUGACGAUCGAGUUGCUUCGCGUCACCGAGCUUUUUAUAGAUCAGUGUGAGGCUGGAGGCAUGGUGGAGACCCUGGGGACCGAAGGCGGGGACGGGGGCACGGCCCGGCGCGAACUCGGCGAGUGUAUACCUGUGCUAAAACCUGUACCCGGUUGUAGGCUACCGGACGACUUGAGGCAUGUCGCUGGACCGCCACAGGUGGAGAUUUUACCGAUCCCGACCCUUCAGCGGUUGCUCUCCGCGCAGCUGCCAAACACUAAACUAAAACUCCUGCGCAUCCCCUUCCACGCCACCUGGCGCCAAACGCUCGCAGAUUUUCAGUAG